GGAACCGUCCAGGCGUCCACCCGGCAGCCUCUGCGGCUGGCGUUCUGUCACCCUAGCAACCGGCCCUGAACUAGACGGCUCGAGAAGCCGCGCACGGUUCCGUCACAUCCCGCACCGAGACUGGCGCUGGUCGGCCAGCGGGGGGCGGUGCGUGUGGCACUUUAGAAAAGUCACUUACAAGAAUAUAUGGAAUUCGUAGUGAUAUCGAAACAGUUUCUGUGAAAAUUUGGCUAAUUACAGAAUUAUGGUUCGACUAACUGUGGAUCUAGUUGCUAAAAGCAUCAAUCACAAAAACCGCAAAGAAGAAUCCCUGGCACAGUACCUGAGAAAGAUAACUCACCUGAACUUAUCAGAUAAAAAUAUUGAUACAAUUGAUGACCUCUCUUUGUGCAGAAAUCUUAAUGUCCUAUAUUUGUAUGAUAACCAAAUUAGACAAAUCCAUAACUUGUGCUUUGCUUCAAAUCUAACACACCUGUACCUGCAAAACAAUUGUAUUUCAUGUAUAGAGAACCUCACAUCACUGAAAAAACUUGAGAAACUGUAUCUGGGGGGCAAUUACAUCACGGUAGUAGAGGGCUUGGAAACAUUAGAAGAACUGAGAGAGCUACAUGUUGAAAGCCAGCGGCUUCCUCUUGGAGAAAAGCUCUUGUUUGAUCCAAGAACUCUUCAUUCCCUGGCGAAAUCUUUGUCAGUGUUGAAUAUCAGCAAUAAUAAUAUAGAUGAACUGGGAGAAUUAGCACUUCUGGAAAAUAUUUCUCAUUUUAUAGCAGUUGACAACCAACUUCACCAUGUGAAGGAUUUGGAGUUUGUAUUGAACAAAUGGACCAAGCUAUGCAGAAUGGAUCUUAAAGGGAAUCCUGUUUGCCGCAAACCAAAAUACAGGGACAGGCUUAUUAUACAGUCAAAAACUCUAGAAUCCCUUGAUGGGAAAGAAAUAAAAGAAAUGGAAAGACAAUUCCUAAUGAAUUGGAAAGCAUCCAAAGCCUCUAGAAAAAAAAGCAAGGAAGAGAGCAUGACAAAUGAGUAUGCAGCUUAUCCACAUUUCUAUGACUUUGGAACAGGCCAUCCCAUUGUUCCUGUUUAUUACAAUCCUUCUGGAAAAGGAAAACCAAAAUUUGUUAUUUUAUCUGAGCUACAUAGGUCUCCACAUAACAGAGAAGAACCUCUGCAAAGACCCCAGGAAGGAAGUAAUGUUAAUGUUAGCAAAAGAAUCAGGAAGGAUUCUGUCCCUUGUUCAUCUGCAAAACUCUGCCAGCUAACAACUGGGACAGUUUUCUUAAUCACUGACAACAACUCUCCUGCCCCUGCGCCAAACUACAGAGCAUCACACCAUCAUCAUCAGCUACAGACAGAUGACAACCCCACACUGAGGAUCUGUGUGCCUGUCCCUUUGAAGAAGGGAAAAUUUCCAAGUAAGCAACCACAGAUUCUCCUAUUGCAACACCUCACUCAUGUAUCUGCCCUCUCGCUCUUUUAAGAAAAUUGCAGUAUCUCAUCGAAACAAUAGUUUUGUGCCAAGAUUGCUACUAACCUUGCAAAUACAUAGACCGUUCCAUUUUGGGUGCUAUGCAUAGGCAGAUUGAAUUUAAUACUUAAUCACUGACUUGAGGCAAAUCCUGAUCACCUUACUCACCUUCAACUGAAGCCAAUGAGUCAUGUGAAUAAGAUGAGGAUUUGUCCACAUUUUAAAAUAAAAUAUUUUAAUAAAAGAAUAUAAACAAGAAAAAGAUAAACCAGAAGAAUUUACCUUCUCAGAACUAUGCUGAGGAAUGAUAUAAUCAGAAGUCCACAUGUAUUCCAUUAUUAGACCCAUGGGCUUGGGUCACGGGCAAGUCAUCCCCAUGCAGAAAGUGAGCAUACUGAACAAAUAUAUUUAUUGUUUAAUUGAAAUUCAGUAUCAGAUCAAACUCAAUCAAUGAACAUUAAUGCUAUUUUAUGUGUUUGUCACUGUAAAUUAUUCUGACAGAUGUUGCCUCUCUUUUCAUACAUUCUAGGUCAUGUUUGACCCUUCAUAUCUUAAAAAUACAUAUUAAAUAUCUUUUUAAAACUACAUAUAAGAUCCACUGAGGAUUGUGCAUAGCUUGAACAAUGAAAAAGCUAAUUAUUGCUUGAUUACUUAAAUAUGUCACUGAAAGAGCAAUGAACAUUAAAUGAAUAAUCUAUCUUUUUUGUUAAUGUAAAAAUAAUAGCAAUUUUGCAUUGGUUAAAAUGUUAGUUUUAAGUAUGCCUAAAGAAAUGUGUGUAUUGGGGGAUGUAAUUAAAAGAAAAUAAAUCAUUUAAGUAUUUUAAAGAUUCCUAUUACCUCCCAAUGGGAUACAGCACUAUUAAUUUUCCCUGAGUAGAGAAGUUGUUGAAAUUCUGAUGUUGUAAAAUUAAACUGUAAAUAUCAGUUUCAGCCCACAUUUUCUUGCUAGUAGAAUCAAUAUUUUAUAGGUUUGCUAUUCAGAAGGUGUGCAGAAAGCCCUGUUUUGCCUAUGUAAUAUGUGUUUAUAUAACUAGGAAUAAUGGCAAUAUCUUUAAGUGAUGUAUCAGGAAAUGAGUGGUGAAAACCCUAGUGUCUGCCCUUGCACCUAAGCAAAAUCAGCUCUCCUAGCAACCAGCCAUUUCCUGGAUGACUAGUCCAAGAGUUGGAAGUAUUUGGGGUGAUCAGUUUUACUUCCACAUCCCCUCAGCUAUUAGUCACAUGCUCCUUGUCAGACUCAAUUGCAUACCUGCAAAUGCCUUUGAAUUGUAUUGUCUGUUCUGUGUAUUGUGGUUCUUUGUAAUCCCCAGUAUGAAAUAAACUAAACAUAUGUAUGAU